AUGGCUGCAGCAAUCAAGCCCAUCAUUAAUCCUACCAUUACCCCAAGCCCUCAUCCCAAACAGUCCACCCCACUCUCCUACCAUCACCCCAAGUCCUCAUCCCAAACAGUCCAGCCCAUCAUUAAUCCUACCAUUACCCCAAGCCCUCAUCCCAAACAGUCCACCCCACUCUCCUACCAUCACCCCAAGUCCUCAUCCCAAACAGUCCAGCCAAUAACUCCUACACCAUCACCCAAGCCCUCAUCCCAAAGAGUCAAGCCCAUCAUCACUCCUACCAUCACCCAAGCCCUCAUCCCAACCAACCGAGCCCACUGGCUGCAGCAACCUCCCAGACCCUUACCCUAG